AUGUUUGCGCAGCGCCAGGUUGCCCGCGCCGCCCAGCGCUUCAGCACGCAGGUCCGCGGCCAGGCCCAGCGCCGCCUUGCGAGCACCACCGAGACACCUUUCGUUCGCGAGCGCCGCCAUGUCAAGGAGCACGCCGGUACCACGACCAAGCUCUGGCUCAAGAUCUCCCUCUAG